CAGGCCGCGGCCAUGGCGCUGCUGCGCGGCCCCGCGGCGGACGGACAGCGCUCGGCCGUCUGCAGGCCGCUCUCCGCCGCAUCAGUACUCUGUCAAGUGGAACCUGUGGGAAGAUGGUUUGAAGCAUUUAUUAAGAGGAGAAACAUAAAUGUUUCUGCCUCUUUCCAGGAGCUAGAAGAUGAGAAGGAACUUUCUGAGGAAUCGGGGGAUGAAGAACUGCAGCUUGAGGAGUAUCCUAUGUUAAAAACCCUCGACCCAAAGGACUGGAAGAAUCAAGACCAUUAUGCAGUUCUUGGACUGGGAAAUAUCCGAUACAGGGCUACUCAGAAACAAAUCAAAGCAGCUCAUAAAUCCAUGGUUCUGAAACAUCAUCCAGACAAGCGAAAAGCUGCAGGGGAGCAGAUAGGAGAGGGUGAUAAUGAUUAUUUUACUUGCAUAACUAAAGCUUAUGAAAUAUUGUCUGAUCCUGUGAAACGACGAGCAUUUAACAGCAUAGACCCAACUUUUGAUAACUCUGUACCUUCCAAAAGUGAAGCAAAAGAAAACUUCUUCGAAGUUUUCUCACCAGUUUUUGAAAGAAAUGCCAGGUGGUCAAAUAAGAAAAAUGUACCUAAACUUGGGGACAUGAACUCCUCAUUUGAGGAGGUAGAUGCAUUCUAUUCCUUUUGGUAUAAUUUUGAUUCCUGGAGAGAGUUUUCCUAUUUAGAUGAAGAGGAAAAAGAAAAAGCAGAAUGUCGAGAUGAAAGGAGGUGGAUUGAAAAGCAGAACAGAGCUGCCAGAGCAUUGAGAAAAAAAGAAGAAAUGAACAGAAUUAGGACUCUUGUUGACAGUGCAUACAGCUGUGAUCCCAGAAUAAAGAAAUUUAAGGAGGAAGAAAAGGCAAAGAAGGAAGCAGAGAAGAAAGCCAAGGUAGAAGCAAAACGAAAAGAACAGGAGGCAAAAGAAAAACAAAGACAAGCAGAAUUAGAAGCAGCACGGUUAGCAAAAGAAAAGGAGGAGGAAGAAGUUAGGCAGCAAGCAUUAGUGGCAAAAAAGGAAAAAGAGAUACAGAAGAAAGCAAUCAAGAAAGAAAGGCAAAAACUCAGAACAACAUGCAAGAACUGGAAUUACUUUUCUGAUAAUGAGGCAGAUUGUGUUAAAAUGAUGGAGGAGGUGGAAAAGCUUUGUGAUCGUCUUGAGCUAGCAAGUCUGCAAUGCUUGAAUGAAGCACUUACAUCCACAACAAGGGAAGGAGGAAAGGCGGCUGUAGUAAAACAGAUAGAAGAAAUAAAUGAACAAAUAAGGCGAGAGAAAGAAGAGGCAGAAGCUCGUAUGCGCCAAGCAACAAAGAGCUCAGAAAAGGCAACCACUGGCGGUGGAGGGGGAAGCAAAAACUGGCCAGAGGAUGAUUUGCAGUUGUUAAUUAAAGCUGUGAACCUCUUUCCAGCAGGGACUAACUCAAGGUGGGAAGUUAUUGCCAAUUACAUGAACUUGCACUCUACUACUGGAAUAAAACGAACAGCAAAAGAUGUCAUCAAUAAAGCAAAGAGUCUCCAAAAGCUUGACCCUCAUCAAAAAGAUGACAUAAACAAGAAAGCAUUUGACAAAUUUAAAAAAGAACAUGGUGUGGUGCCUCAGAUGGACAGUGCUGCCCCCUCAGAACGAUUUGAAGGAUCACCUCUAGAUUCAUCCCCUUGGACUACAGAAGAACAAAAACUUUUAGAACAAGCAUUGAAGACUUAUCCAGUAAAUACUCCUGAAAGGUGGGAGAAAAUAGCAGCAGCUGUUCCAGGCCGGUCAAAAAAAGACUGCAUGAAACGAUAUAAGGAACUCGUGGAAAUGGUCAAGGCAAAGAAAGCUGCUCAAGAACAAGUGAUGAAUGCUACUAAAGUCAAGAAAUGACUCUUACUGACAAUCCUUGUUUUAUAAUAAAAAUGCAAAUACU